AAGCCACGAACAGCCCGGUCACGACCCCACCAAGCGCCUGAGACCGCACAUAGAUCCACGUGCGCGACGGGGGUGCGAUUCGCUGCCCUGCCUUGUGGCGAGUGGAGACAAGUUUUCCCGACCCGUGCUCUACGAAGAACGGAGCGCCGUGCGGGAGACGCAAACGGACCCGCACUCUGCCCAAACCGGUGGGGUGAGAGACAACGUGUGUUUUCGGAUCAUAUACGAAGCAAGCGGAAGAGUCGACGGCCGGGCUACGGACACUGCUGCGACGUCUUCGCUCUCUGCGGCCGCAUCAGGAGGAGCAAGACAGAAGCGGAGAGGCACGGAGAGAGACAAUUGAGAGAGAACUGCUGGCUCUUGGCGAAGGCGUUUGAGUUGGUUUUUGUUCGCCGACUCUGUCUCUCAAGGGCCCUGUCUUUCUCUCUCGCAAAAGAAAGCGCGGCACCGGCGUCUGUCUGUUGAGAGUUGAGAGCCUGCUACAGCAGGAAACUGCCAACUGUGAGCUCUCGACAACGUACUGCUGUCCUGAUGCCCAACCGCAAAGGACGGCACACUGCCGCAGCACCGUCUUCUCUUCCCACCGAGAGCGCACUCCCGCCCCCUCCAGCCUACACACAGCCUGCCCCAGGCGGCGGCGGGAGUCGGGGGCGGCGAGCUCGGAACGAUGGUUCGGACUUGCCGAACUACAGCAGUCGAAGAGGGAGUGGCGAUAGUGCCGGGGCGAGAGACGGGGGGGCUAGAAGAGCAGGGUCGAAUCCGACGGGAGGCUCCCAUCGAGGUGGUGCUGGAGUUGCCGCUGUAACGAACCAAAACGGAGAAAGGGUAGAAAUGGGUCGAAAUGGGCAGGGCGGCGGCGGCACCGGCAGCGGCAGGCGGGUCGUGCAUCGGGUGGGCAUGGAUUGCUUGAGCCCGAUCAACGUCUCCAGGGCAGAGGGGGCUUCCAGUGGCGUGAUUACGCCGCUCCACAGCGGGAAGAGCGGGCUGUCGUGCACCACAUCCGUCGGGCCGGCGCAGUAUAUGCGGGAGGAGAUGCUCACGCCGUCCCCGCCGCCCAACUGGGGACAGCAUUUCGCGACCACGACCGAGCGCGAGCCGGGAGAAAUGGAGUUCAAAGACGAGGAGGACCGCGCUCGGACUGCCAUGACUGAUCGGGAGGCUGACUUGGAGCUGGGUGAUAGUGGCUGGUGCGAAGUUCGCAAGACGCGCUACAUCAACUACAUCACGGUGACCUUGACGCACGUGCUCAUCUUCCUCGUGCUGGGUACCCGAGGGUACACCAUCGUUCGCGACACGCUGAGCGACGGGUACUACCUUCGAUGCGUGGCGUUUCUGUACUAUCUUCCGGCCUACGUUUUCAUGCUCUUCAGCAUCGACUACCUCCUGGCACAGUUCAUCUACGCGCUAGGACCGAUCGCCCACAUGCAGGAGAACUCCAAGUACUUCAGCAGUAAGCCUUGCCCCCGACCGGCGGUGAUGCCUAGAGUAACCAUUCAGAUGCCGGUGUAUAAGGAGAACCUCGUGGAGACCAUCCUGCCGUCCAUCCAGUCCGUCAUGACCGCCGUGCUGCACUACAAGAAGAUGGGGGGGGAGGCGAACCUCUACAUCAACGACGAUGGCUUGCAGGUCAUCUCGGAGAAAGAGCGCAACGCACGGGUGUUCGCCUACAAGAGGCACGGCGUGUCGUACGUGGCGAGGCCGCCGGCGUCCAUCCGCCCCCGGAAGGGCCUGUUCAAGAAGGCCUCCAACCUUAACUACGGGCUGAACGUGGCCAUCAGGGUGGAGGAGAUCAUGGCGGAAUCUGGCGGCCAGGUCACGGAUCCUGUCGAGGCUCUUCAGCUGGUGAGCGGGGAGUUCAACGAUGAGUUCUUCGCGGGGGGUGAUGUGCGCAUGGGGGACAUCGUCCUGUUGGUCGACUCGGACACUCGAGUGCCCGAGGAUUGCCUGUCCAAGAGCUCAGGCAAUGAAUACGGAGAGUUCGAGCGGUACCCGCAGGUGGGGUUCAUGCAGUGCAAGACCACUUCCAUUCGCAUCCACAACAACUUCUGGGAGAACAUGAUCGCUCGUUUCACCAACGACGUGUACAGCGUGGGUAUUGCCAUGGCCGUGUCGUCUGGCGACCCCGCUCCCCUGGUUGGCCACAACGCCUUCCUGCGAUGGUCGGCCAUCAGGGAGGUGUCCUGGAUAGACUCGAAGGAUGGGGAGCGUAAGUUCUGGUCGGAGGCGCACGUGAGCGAGGAUUUCGACCUGGCUCUUCGGCUACAGGCGCGUGGUUACAUCGGGCGUUACUGCACCUACACCGGAGAAGGGUUUCAGGAAGGCGUUUCGCUCACGGCAGCGGACGAAGUCAUCCGCCUCAGGAAGUACGCCUACGGCAGCUGCGAGAUCAUGCUCAACAAGUUCACGAAAUGGCCCUGCUCCGGGCCCAUCACGUCCAUGUUCUGGCGCUACUUGCUAGCCGGAGGGGUGCCCUUCCCGGCUAAGAUUCGCAUGGUCGCCUACCUCUGCACGUAUAUCUCCAUGGCCUUCGCCUUUUACGGCAUCGUGGGCUACCUUGCGGUGUGGAUCGUGCUUCCCGCGGCCCUCAAAUUCCUCGUUAACCCGUUCGACAUCCUCAUCACCGUGUGCUUCGUUUUCGGCGGGUGCUCCGUCUUCGGCGUGGGCAUGAUCACGUACCGGAACGGGUACUCGAGGAGGGCAUCGCUGCUUCGAUCCUUCCUGGACCAGCUCGUGAACGCGCCCAUCAUGCUCCUCUUCUUCUCGCACGUGCUGUGGCAUCUCACCGUCGUGUGCUUCAGGUACUUCUUCGGCAUGACUGUGGAAUGGUCCGCCUCGGUGAAGGAAGUUUCGCAAAACGACUUCUGGACGGAGGUGGUCAACACGUUCCGGAGGUAUGGGCGCACGUUCCUCAUCAUGCUGCUCUUUGCCGGGUUGUUCGUGGGAGUCAUGUGGUACUUCGAGGUGGGGUGGGACAUCAGGGUGUACCUGCCAACCUUCAUCUACAUCGGGUCCCACAUUCUGGGCCCUUUCCUCCUGAACCCUGUCAUCAUGCGCGGGUACUACUAGACGAAGGAUUGAAGGGAAGCCCCGUGGGUCGUCGCGUAACAUCCGCUGCUACCCAAGAAGCGCGUUUCACCGCUCCUGUUGUGGCAUCCAAAACACGCUUUGGGCCAGUGGAGGUAGCAUCCGCCUCCCGCCCAAGCGCCGCGGGGAGUCUGUGCGCAGCCGCGUGGUCGAAGCCUGGUGCUGCUGCUUCGGCGUUUCUAGACGGAGAAGUUUUUUCGUUGGAGAUGUAUCGUGUUUCCGACAUGUGUGGUCAUGUUUGGUGCCACGAAGGAGAUCCCAACCGGUUCACCUUCGAAUCUCAAAAAAAUAUCUGAAUUGUCGGGGCCGCUAUGAAGCAACUGGGGGGGGUUGGAAUAUUUCACGGCGAUUAUAGGAUCCGAUGACAUUAAGGUCUUCGCUUGACUUGACUUUUGAUAGGACCACGCGUUGUAGCGUCAGUCAAAGUCGUACGGAGUUUCAAAACGACAGCUUAGGUUGCAGCGUGCACCAAGUGGGGAGCUGGGUUACACCGCAGCUCGGUAAAUGUGUUCGUCCUGUCGUACACGCAUAAGUGUGAGGUUAGGUCGUAAGUCUUGUUGGUUAGUUUGUGGACCUUUUUUUUUGGUGUGUUUUAGUGUUGUUCCCGCUUCGACGAAAAAGCGCAACGCAACGGCCGCAAAACUCAUGGGCGUUUCUUGGCGCGUCUGUGCCGUGUGUUGUGUUUCUUGACCUGGCUGUGAGAUCGAUCUCGUUAGCCCUUGUCGGUUGUGUCCGCCAAGAUGUGAUUCGUCUGUCCACAUUCUCGAGUGCGGCAGCUUGCCGCCCGCUGUUUUCGUGAGAUGUACGCCCGCCGUAUGCCUCGCUCUCUGUCUGGAGGCUGCUCGCCAGCUGUUGGGACGAGCGCGGGGGGACUAGAUUUUUUUUUUUUUCUCCCAUCUUUUGCGUUGAAGCGUGGUAUGUCAGUUUUUUGUGCAAGGAAACAGGCAGACAACGACCCCUUCGAAUCGAUUUCUCUUCCAUUCUACUCCCCGCCCGUGUUCGGUAGAUAUCACCGACCGUCGCAUGUGCGCGGCACUUUCGUGCUUAUAGGCAACUUUUACAUGUAUGCAACCUGGGCGCCUCUAUCUUGAUUCUUUCUUGCGUUUUUUUUCUUGACCAAGAGAAGCGAGGACGUCUCUAGGUUGCGUGGGCAGCGGCUAGCAAGCCAAGCUGUCGAGGGGGAGUCAGGGAUCAGGGAAAGAGAGGCGGUUGUUGUGUCGUUCGUGCCUUCGCAUGACCUUCACAGGACUAAUAGCACGAUGGUCUUCUUUUCUUGUCUUGAUUGAUACACGUAGCAGGUGUUGGUGGUGCACUCGUAAUGUAAGGUAGUAUACAUGGUAUAACUUUAUUUAUUGUAGCUUUCGUCAUCUGUGUUUAAUGUAUGAGAAGGUUGAGUUGGAGGUCGAUCGCGAUGAUGGCGUCACCCUGUGGUGUAAAGCAAGCCAGGUUCAUCAGGACGGGCUGCAUUCGAAUUGAUUUUACUAAUAGCAUCUCGUCUUACCUGUAGUGAUCUGCCGGGGGCCCCGCAGCCCGGGGGUGGGGACCUCGCAGCCUGGGGGUGGGUGGGAAAAGAUCCGGCUAAGAAUGAGGUUGCUUGGUUGCCUUCUACCCGCCCGCCCGCCCCCCCGCCCU